CCCAGUGUUGCAGAGGGUCCUAAAGCCAGGAGUGAAAAUUGGGGUCUCGGGAUUAGUCCUGGGGCGGAGGUUGGGGCACGCUGGGUCGGACCCCCCCAUCCAGUUUUGCACACCUCGCUUUCCAGCGUGGAGUCGCAGCGACUCGAGCGGCGUCGCGUGCGUGACGUCAUCCGGCGGCGCCACGCGCGACUUCCGUGGCCUUGACUUCCAGUGGCGUGGGAGGCUUCGUGGCUAUGCUGCAGUUGGUCCGGGCUGGGGCGCGUGCCUGGCUUCGCCCCACGGGCUGCCGGGCCCUGAGUUCGCUGGCAGAAGAGGCAGCGCCUCCGACCGAGAAGCCGGAGCAAGUGGCGAGCGAGGGUUUCCCGGAGCCCGUGCUGCGCAAAGUCGAGUUGCCGGUACCCGCUCUUCGACGCCCGGUGCAAGCCUGGGUCGAGUCCCUGCGGGGCUUCGAGCAGGAGCGCGUGGGCCUGGCCGACCUGCACCCCGAUGUUUUCGCCACCGCGCCCAGUGUUCUAUUUCCUCCAAGCUCUGCAGCGGCCCCUGCCUGCUCACAUGCCUCUGUUCCUGCAGGGGGCGUUGCCCACGGCCCCCGGGGUCCCACGAGUUACUACUACAUGCUGCCUAUGAAGGUACGGGCCCUGGGCCUCAAAGUGGCACUGACCGUCAAGCUGGCCCAGGACGACCUGCACAUUGUGGACUCCUUAGAGCUGCCGACCCCAGACCCCCAGUACCUGACAGACCUGGCCCGCUACCGCCGCUGGGGGGACUCUGUGCUCCUCGUGAACUUGACACAUGAGGAGAUGCCACAGAACAUCGUGGAGGCCACCUCUAGGCUCAAGACCUUCACCCUGAUCCCAGCUAUUGGCCUAAAUGUGUACAGCAUGCUCAAGCACCAGACCCUGGUCCUGACGCUGCCCACCAUCGCCUUCCUGGAGGACAAGCUGCUCUGGCAGGACAUGCGCUACAGGCUGCUCUACCCUCUCAGCCUGCCCUACAGCGACUUUCCCUGAUCCCCACCCCGAACCACCCAGGGCCCAGGGCCUCCCCACGCCACUGUUGAUGUGAAGCGCCUGUUCUGAGCCAGGCUGAGUCCCUGGCCGACUUGGGAGCCUCACACCCACACCCACCCUUCGAGGGAGGUGCCACUCGUACCCUAUCAUCCCAGGGAGGAAUCUGAGACCGUGUGGAGUGGCCAUCACCAUUGGGAAGGGGCAACUCCAUGGAGAGCCCAGGCAGGCUCCUACCUCCAUUCUCUCUGUGUUUUUAAAAUAAAUUGGAUUUUUAAAUAAAGAAGGAUAAACAGACA